AUGUUCGUUUCGCCCAGCGAGUCGCACAUUCGGAUCCCGGUGGAGCGUACCAAACUUAGCAGUAGUCCCGUGGUGAAGUGGAAGAAUUCAGGCUUCAUCAGGACGUGCAUCAUGCCGCGACUGCACUCGACACCACAAACCCUCGGUUUGGGUCAUGACUUUCCAGCGGAGACCGCAUCGACCCUCCUGGCUCCACCAGUGCAUGCUAGCGAGAUCUCCCUUCAUCCAGCCUGCGCCGGGAUCGACUUCAAUUUACUGUUCGAGAUUACGAUCAGCUACCGGUACGUGCUGAUUCCAUACAACUUCCCGAUAACCGUUCGACAC